GUGAGCGCUCCGUGUGAUGGUGUCUUAUUAAAUUUUCGGUUGAAGUGGAUAUUUAUUUCAUUUGAAGUUUUGAUAUAAGACACCUUGAACAUUGGCCAUGCGGUGGUUAGUAACAUUAACAGUGUGCAUUGCCACUCUUUCAACACUGGGAUAUGGCCAGAUUGAUAAUUGUUUGGACGGCAAAGCAGAUAUAGUUAUAGCUCUAGAUGGAACCCGACUAAAUACACCUUCGGAGCAUACUCAAUUUGUUUUCAUGAAGGAGUAUAUCAAGAAAUUUUUGAAUAAAAUUACACUGAAUUUCAUCAAUGGCACAAUGGUUUCUCUUUUUACUUACGGAUCAACUUCAACCGAGAUUGCCGAUUUCAGUGCUGAUAAAACCAGUAUAAUUGAUAAGUUGACAGGCUUAUCAUAUCCAAGGCUUCCAACUCGAAAUACCCAUCUAGCACUAGACCACAUCACCGAGAAAUUUAAGAAAUUCAAUCGCCGCGGUGUGCCAAGAAUAGCUAUCAUAUUUGUCAACGGAAACACGAACGGAGAUUUCUCUACUCUAAAAAUAGCAGCCAAACAGGCAGCGAUAGAUGAGAACGUACAAAUAAUAGCUGUUUCUGCAAAUUCCACGUUUGCUGUUCGAGAUCUUGACACUAUCACAAGCUAUGUUCCAGGAAGAAUCAUUUCCGCUGUUUAUAGAGAUGACGCCCCUGAUAUGGCAGCUGUGUGCCAAUAUAUGAUAGGUGGAACUGUCUUGCCUAGAAAUUGUAGCGGGAAAGCUCACGUCGUUCUCGGCCUUGACCUCUCAACAAAAUCGCGGUUCGACAUGGCCUUAAAUCUUGGGAUUGCACUGUUCAGUAACAUUCGACAAGUUAGGAGAACAUUGUUGUUAAAUGAUGCUAAUAAAUAUGAGUACACAUUUGCCCCUGGUGUAAAUUCUAUAUCAGAAUUCGGUAAAAUUCAAAGCGAAGCAUCCAGCCGUUUAAAUUCAGGUUCAUAUGAUGCAAAGGGAAUGGUGGACAGCUUUGUAAGCGCCUUCAAUAAAAGUCUACUAACAACCAUGCACAUGGCUCGAGUUGCUGUUCUUAUAUCAGACAAGGAUUCUGGCUCUGCAACACAGAUGAGACAAGCAGUCGACAUGCUUCGGAACCAAAACAUUAAGUUGAUAGUCAUAGCAGUACAAACAGACUUUAAUCCAAGUUUGCCGAAUCUUUUAGAACUUGCGGAGGAAAAUUUACAAAACCAGAUAGUAACUUCAGAUAUGACACUAUCUGUAAGCGGACUCAACCAAGUAAUGAAUUCUGUGUGUUAUGCAAUUCAAAGAUGUCCGGGGGAGAUUGACGUCAUGAUUGCCAUGGAUACGUCUUACAGUAUAGCAUCUCAACCUGAAAAAGUGCAACUGGUAAAGGCUUAUACCAAAAUUAUUGCCAAUAGUUUUAUUCACAAUAGAGUCCAUGCAGCACAAAUAGCCAUCAUUGCGUUUGGUACAAGUGUUUUCCAUGUAUCUUUCUUUGGAGACAACCUCAUUGAUAUCAUUGAAAAUAUCAACCUUGCUCAACCAAUUUCGGACGAUUAUAAAACUAAUACAGAUAUAGCCUUAGACUACAUGAUUAAUAGGACAAACUCAAAGGGCCGGCCAGGAGUUCCGAAAGUAGCUAUUAUUGUCACAGACGGUAAAUCAACCAGAGGCUUACAACAUCUACAAAACGCUGCUAUUAGGGCGGCAAACAAUAAUUUGAUAACUGUAGCUGUUGGCGUUGGAAGCGGCUAUAUAAUAGAGGAAUUAAGCAAUACAACAAAUGGAAUUCAAGAAAACAUUAUUGAAACUUCCUUUGAGGAUCUGACAUCAAUCGCUGCUACGAAAACAGUGGAGAGAUUAUGUUUAUUUGCCAUAGACGGACAGGAAACACGUCAAGUUUGUGAAGGCGCUGCUCACAUAACAAUAGCAGUAGAUGUCUCAGAUGGAAAGAACUUUGAUGAAGUCAAGCUUUUUGCUGCUAAGCUUAUAGCAAAUCUUAAAGUACAAGAAAUGUUGGUAUCCAUUGUAAUUGGCAGUACCGGGGCUGAGUAUAAUUUUCCCGCUAAUACUGACAGCAAUACUAUUCGGAAUACUAUUUUAAAAUCAACAAAUUCUGAUCAAUUUAUUUACAACCAUACGGGUACAAUCAACCGUGCAGCAAAAACAUUUGCUGCGAAACCAAUCAUGCCUAGGAUUGCAUUGUUCAUUACUGAUGGGAAAUCCACAAAUCCUGCUUCAUCUAUAGCUGCUGCUAGGAUUGCUGCAACAAAUGACAUCCAGUUUUUAGCACUUGGUUUAAUAAAAAAGGAUAUAUCGGCUGUGGAUAUGAAUGAGAUAACCGGAAUAGCUGGUGGUAUAAUACAGAAUAGAUUCGUAAUAUCAGAGGAAGGUCUACAAAGUAGUGGUAUCAACCAGGUCAUUAUGUCUGUCUGUCAUGCCAUAAGUGAUUGGAGUGGAACAUCACUAAUGAAAUAUAUGGGUCCUGCAGAGGUUUCACUAAUGGUUGACUCCUGCGAUGGAACCAUGCACACCUUCUACCGUGCCUUUGCUAAAGAUGUUCUUAGAUAUGUCAACGUCGAGGACAACAAGGUCAAAUUAAACGUAGCCUCGUUUUGCAAUCAAGUGGAACCUAUCAGUUCAUACCAGGACUUAUAUUAUAUUCAUCCUAGUCUAAAAUAUGAAAAUAUAAUGGCGAACAAACAAUGGACAGCAUCGCAAAUCAUUGGCGACUACAUGCUCCAUUUUAAUAAUAUCCGUUCAUCGAAUAAAAUUGGAAUUGUCUUAGUAAAUGAUGCUACUUAUGAACCAAAUUUAGGACUAAUUGCAGAGAUGGCCUACGAACAAGGCAUUACGCUUUUUGCAAUUGGGAUCGACUAUGGUCAGCAAAACCUUGAAUCCAAGCUAGCGCUAAUCAGUGGUAACAGAUAUGUCCGACUGCCUCUUAAUCAACUUAACGUUAUGGGAAUGAACUUUCUUAUUACCAACCUUGUGUCAAUGGCUAAUGCUAGUGAUAGAUAUGUAGCCAUGGGACUUGUUGGUUUUAAUCCGACCUUAGACUUAGGCAACCAGUCUGUGCGAUAUAACCAUUUAGUAAAGAGUCUCCAAACCCAGACCAGGAUGUUAACCGGCGAUAUCAGAGUUGGUAUGGAUAAUCGGAUUUCAAAUGCGGUUUACUCCGGAAAUGGAUUGGCCAUUCAUGACGCUAUAGCAUAUUUUAGACGGCUGUUUGCAAAUAAAUCUGGAAAGAAAUAUGCAUUUAUUGUUACAAACAAAGCUGCAGAGAACAUCGAACUUGUCAACAGAGAACGAGAGCUUGCCAAACGUGAAAACAUCACUAUAUAUGUUAUAGGUUUUAAACCGGAUGUGACGUUAGAUCAACUGGUUGCGAUAGCGGGAUCUAAUGAUUAUGUUUCGUACUAUGAGAGCAGUAAUAGACUUAUCCAAAUGUCUUCAAAAUUUGUGCAGCUGGUACAAGAAUUUGGUAGUGGCGCAAAACUAGCUUUUGCCAUUUCCGGUACAGGAAUGUCGGCCAAUUCUUUCAGUCAUGUAAGGAACGUAGUUGUUACAGCAGCUAACUUGUAUAAGCAGCUUUCUAUACUUAGUAACAAAAAUAUAGAACUUGCUGCUGGUCUUAUCGGUUAUCAUGGAUUUCACCCUGUCCAAGACCUUACUAGUGUAAAUAAUAUCGAUCUUGGACAACUAACAAACAGCCUUGUUCCUUUGGAAAAUGAACCUCUAGCGCAGUCCAUGAUGAAUAUGUACUUUACAUUGUCUCGGCAGAAGGUAGCUGGCAGACCACAAUACGCAGUAGUAUUCUAUUCCGGGGGACUAGGCAAUAAAGAUAGGGUGUUGAAGAUUGCACAGAUGAUGAGGGAAAAUGGUAUAACAGUUAUUCCAUACAAUGUGGACGGAAUUGAUUAUGAAAAUUCGGUUGAUUAUCAAGAUGCAGUUCUCAUGGCUGGUGGUAACGCGAAUAAUACUAUGUGGCUCUCCAGAAACUAUAUCAGAAAUAACGGAACAAAAAACCCAAUUGAAUUGAGCAAAUAUCUUGCAAACGUGAUAAUGAAAGUUGGAAAUUACGGUUGUAAUGUUGAUGUCUCCAUGGGACAAAUGGGAGAUCUGGAACCAAGUGCAAUGAAGGAAGUUCGUAAAAUUAUAGGAGCUUUCAUUGGAUCGUCAGAACCAGAAUGUAAAGGUAGAAUGAAAAUUGGAGUGUUCGAAUUCGACCAGCAGACAUAUGCUCCGUUGAUAAAUUUUGGCUUACACAGUGACUAUGCCAGCCUGCAGAAUGCAUUCCAGACACAAAGUGACAUUCGAACCACUUACCCAAGGACAUCAGCUUCUUUACAGUAUAUUAUUGAUUCACUUACUCAAAAUCAACAAUCAAAUAUGGUAAAAGCUGGCGUUCUCCUAGUUGAUGAUGAAGGAUAUUCAAAAUACAUCACAUCUCAACUUGCGUACCAGGCAUAUGCAAAUGGGAUAUAUAUAUUACCUAUGAGGGUUUCACAGGCAGGAUCGGCUCUUACACAACAAGACUUGGUAAACAUGGCAAACGGUUUUUCAGCAAAUACGUUUACAGUUAACAAUAUAGCAAGCUUAAACACAGAUGGCAAGGUGUGGCUAAUUAACAUGCUAAAUUCAUUAAUACCACUGGUUCCAGUUUUAACAACAACUGUUGCUGCAACAACUUCCUUAGCGACAACCACCACAACCACAACAACUACAACAACCACAACCCCAGCAACAACAACUACCACCACCAUAGUGACAGUAACCAGGCCCGACUAUACAACAAAUCUAACAGAAUGCCUUGGUCCUGCCGAUAUUGCAAUUGCACUAGAUUCCUCAGACAGUCUAACAAAACCAGAUUUUCAAGACUCCAAGGAUUUUGUCAAUAUAUUAGUGGACAACAUGCGCAUAGGACAAGCUAAUAUUCGAAUUAGAUCUGUGUUUACCUUCAGCACAACCAUAAAGGAUAUAGUUGAUGAUACCUUUGACAAAAUGAUUAUAAAAGCAAAAUUGCAAGCAGCAACUAUGCUUAAAAUAGGUACCAAUACACAUUUGGCUAUUAAAGAAAUUAGACUUAGAUUGAAGAGGGCUCCACAAAUAAUUACCAAUCCACAAUUCGGUAUUAUUAUCACGGAUGGUAAAUCGGCAUAUCCAGCUCUAACGAAAGAUGAGGCUGAUUUAGCAUUUGCCCAAGGCAUUACUAUUUUCGUUGUUGGAAUUGUCAGUCCCAAAUAUUCGAUUAACGAACGACAGACAAUGAUAGACGAAUUAUAUAGAAUAGCGCAUAAUGUUAUUACCAAUGUUAUCGUUGUAAAAGAUUUCGAAGAAAUGCUGACUGCUCUGCCAAUAUUGAAUAGUUUGAUUUGCAAUCUUGCCACGACGACAACAACUUCUACCACAACAACCGUUCCUACCACUACACCUGAAUUUGCUACUGAAUGCAUUACCAGAUGCGACCCAAAUGCUUUGCGGUGCUACAUUCCACACCCAACAGAUUGCAAGUUUUAUUUGGACUGUAUCAGAAAUGCUGGUGCUACCCAGUUCGUGCAGUACAGUAUUCGAGAAUGUGGGCUACAUUACUUUUUCAAUCCAGAAACAUCCAAAUGUGAUCAUCUUGACGAAUUCAUUUGCAAACAAGAUCCUUGUGUCAUAAACAAAUGGACAAAUGGUACAACGUAUCCAGUACCAAACAGUUGUAAUUUGUAUUAUAAGUGCCUACACACUACAGAUGGAAUGAUGAUUCACACUAGACAAGCAUGUCAGUGUGAACACAAGAUGAAGUAUGACACGGCCAUUAGUGGAACUACUAAUCAUGAUCACUGUAUCCUAGAUACAUCUAAUGAAUGUAGUAUCGUCGACACAAGUAGGACUACACCAAAACUAGUAAGAUGUCGCAAAUUUAAGACUAUUGCGAUUAAUACAUAUAUGGAGGACGGAAAAGAACAAAUAUGUCCAAUGGGCCAAAUAUUCAAACCGGAGAUAUGCAACUGUGGUUGGGGAGCGUUCCCAACAGCUCCUACUGUCACAUCCACAGUUCAACCAACAAGUAAUGGAGAAUGUCCUCCAAGCAUUCAUCUAGACUUCUCAAAAAUAUUAAGCAACAACACACAACUUCAAGGACAAGACAAUGUCAUAUUGGAGAACGGUAAAGGUUUCUUCGGUGGACUCUCAUUUAUUGCAAAUCCACAACUAAACAACAAUAUAUUGCCAACUUUUAUUGCCAAACUAAAACUGCGAAUGGAUCCUACAGGAACAGCAGGUUUUGGGCGCAUUUCUUUAUUGAAAAGUUGUUCAGGAAACCCAAGAUCAUCUAUUGAAAUGUACGCAGAAAGAUAUAACACCAACAAUAAACUGAUAACAAAAGUGAUGAUAAGUGAUUUCAGGGAAAUAACAGUCAGCAAUGAUAAGUAUGAUCUUUAUGACAACAAAGUUGUAACUAUAACAAUUGGUUUCAACAAAAAUAAAGUGGUGGUUGAAGUGGCAUUAAGUGCAGGAGAAACCGAUCUUCAACAAGUAGCUUUCGAUAAUGCGCCAAAAGAUUUCCUUGCAUGUAAUGGGGCAUUAAAUGUUGGACAACCCUUUGAUGGAAAUGGACCAUUUGUAGGCGAUAUUUAUGACUGGACAGUCUACAACGGAUGCAACAACAUUCCAGCCAGUAUGAACUACUUAUUCACUUAAAAAGCUGUCAAUCAACCAUUUUAUUCACAAGGUUUUAUCGCUCCUUAAGCAAAUAAUCGAUUCCAAUUGAGAAUAUAUGAAAAGUUAAAAAGAAAUAUCUUAGUUGCAAUAACCUUUAUACUUCUCUAUAAAAUGAUAUGUUUGUAUAGAAUAUUUUACUUAUCACACAAUUUUAUUGGUGAUGUUAAAAAUAACAAGAGAUAAUCUGUAUGCAAAUAAUACUUAAUCGUGUGUAACGUCUUAACAAAUAUUGUAUAAAGGCCAAGUGCUGUACAUUUUUGAUAUGUUAUUAAAUAGAUUGUUGAUGAAAUAUUUGAAGAUGCAAUACUUUAUAUUCACCAAAAUCUGACUGAAACUAUAUAUGUCUCAUCCAUUUUGCUUAAGGUCCGGUAGCGUAUUUUAAAGCGCAUUUCUGAUCUUACCGAUCAACUUUCCUUCAAUCAUAUGGAGACUGGCAUUGAUGAUUUCAUUUAUCUGCAAGUAAAUAAUGCUGAAAGCGUCCGGUUUGUUUUUACUCUCGAUGAUCAAAAACAAAAGCAUGUAAUAUAAUUAUAUAUAUUGUCUUUAUAUUGUCUAUAUUUUUUGUUUGUAAAUACAAGUUUGUUGUUAAGUUCGUAGGACACAUGUACUUACAAUAUAUAUGUCUUUUGUCAAAGACUUGCAUAAUAUGAUAUAAAUAUAAAUUUCAAAUUUAUUGUGACCAUGUUUGAGAUUACUGGGUUUUUUUUUCCUUUAACUCAAAAUAUUUAUUUUCAUAUGUCGUGAAAUGUUUUUUUUUUUUAUUUUGAUAAAUGUAAAUAGUUCAUUUACACUGUAUUCACCACUAGUGAAUAUAUUCGGAAUUAAAAGCCCGAUUAUAAACAGCUACAGAUAAAUAUAAAUAAUUGCAUUGAUAUUGUAUUAUUGUUUUCAAUUUACGAUACUCAUUACAUUGAAAUAAAUGUUUAAACUUCUCAAAACAGAAACUAUGAAUUAUUGACUGGUUAUUAUGAUAAACAAUGCAAAGCUGUACUAUUAUUUUCUACAAAAACACAAUUGAUAUGCACUGAGUAUUAUAUGUUCAAAACAUUAUUUUGAUCAUAAUGAUAUAUAUUUAUAUGUAAACGGAUUUUAUUCUUUUCAUACAUGAAAUCACACGAAACAUUGUUAUAAAACUAAUUAUGACAUCUAA